AUUGCGUGUGGUGUGGAAUACACUAGUAAGUUGCAAAAGAUGUUUACUGAUAUUACGCUUAGCGCGGAAAUAAACGGCAAAUUUUCUGAGUAUACCAAAAAGAAUAUCAAUGGAGAAAAUGGCUCGCCGGUUGAUUUUUCUAUAUUGGUUCUAACGGCUGGCGCAUGGCCAUUAACGCAGUCUUCGAUGACAGAAUUUCAAUUACCGACAGAGUUAGAAAAAAAUGUUUCACACUUUUCAACAUUUUACAACGGUCAUCAUAUUGGCAGAAAAUUGACAUGGUUAUGGCAUUUAUCCAAAGCUGAUGUAAAGUUGAAUUAUCUUGAUAAACGUUACGAGUUUUCAGUGUCUCUUCACCAACUCGGUGUUCUACUAUUGUUUAACAAUGUAGACGCAUAUUCAUUUAGAGAUAUACGUGAACACACGGGUUUGAAUGAUUUAGAGUUGAAAAGGGUCAUGAAGCCCAUGAUUGAUUUAUCAGUAUUUUUGGUUUCAACAUCUGGAACAUUGCAAGAUGAUACAGAAGUGAAGCUAAAUAUGGGAUUCACAAAUAAACGUAAUAAAAUCAAGAUCAGUUCUUCUCUGCAAACUGAAACUCAUCAAGAAAAUGAUGCUACGCGAAGAUCAGUUGAUGAAGAUCGUAAACUUUAUCUACAGGCGUCUAUUGUUCGAGUGAUGAAAUCACGCAAGUCUUUGACGCAUACAUCAUUAGUACAAGAAGUCAUUAAUCAGGCGAAGUCACGAUUCAAUCCUAGUAUGCCGAUGAUUAAAAAGUGCAUUGAGCAGCUACUAGAAAAACAAUAUAUUCAACGGA